AUGGCGCUCCGAGUCAAUAUCCCUCCUGCGACCCGUACCUGUCUCAUCACCCUGCUUACUCUCUCGCUCCUGUACAAUAUCGCCCGAUGGCGACAAAUUGAUGCCACAGGGGGGCAUCCCUUAACCACGCCAGUUGUGCCCUACCUGACGCUCGUCCCAUCCGAGUUCUUUUAUUACCCUUGGACAUUCCUUACAGCGACGUUCGUGGAGCAGAACAUCUUUACGGUUCUCUUGAACGGCGCAACCCUGUUCUAUGGGGGCAAGUACCUAGAGCGCGCUUGGGGUUCCCGAGAGUUUGCGAAAUUCAUUCUGACCAUCGCGGUGAUCCCAAAUGUGACUAUUAUUCCCCUUUAUCUCUUAGGAACUACCAUUAGGGGUGGUUCGACCGGCGGGUAUGCCUUGCUUUCCGAUACCGAAUGCACAACCUCUUGCGCCUUCCCUGCUGACUCCCCGUUUCCAAGCGUAACCCAAAUAUGUGGUGGCAUGUCGAUCCAGACCUCCUUCCUUGUGGCUUUCAAGCAACUUGUUCCCGAGCAUACUGUGACUAUAUUCAAAGGCCUGGUGAAGAUGCGGGUGAAGCAUUUCCCGGCGCUUUUCCUUUUGCUGAACACGAUCAGUGGCAUAGUAUUUGGAACGCACGUGGCAGCGAUACUCUCCUGGCUCGGCCUGUUGACAAGUUGGACCUACCUUCGGUUCUUUAAACGGCAGCCGGAUUUGACCGGUACAUCUACCGACGGCUUAGGCUUUAAGGGGGAUGCAAGUGAAACGUUUGCAUUCGCAUGUUUCUUCCCAGACGCAAUACAGCCUCCGAUCUCGUUUGUCUCGGAACAAGUUUACUCUUUGCUAGUCGCAUUGAAGAUUUGCACCCCGUUCUCGGAGGAGGAUAUUGCAUCGGGCAACCAACAAGUUCUUGCGAGAGGGGAGGCCGGCCUUCCCACUCUUAACAACCACAGAGGAGGAACCAGAGGGGCGGCUAAGCGUGAAGAGGCGGAGCGGAGACGAGCAUUAGCUCUCAAGGCUUUGGAUCAGAGACUUCAAGCUGCUGCUGCCGGAAGAGCUCAUUCCCCGUCUCCACUGAAUCAGCAAGGCUCAAGCCAAACCCAGACUGCAACACCGACGGUACCAGCAGGCCAGAGCAUGUUGGGCGAGACGAGCUAUACGCCAGAUCAUGCUUAA